UCCUUCUGGUCAGACGCCAUCUUUUCAGGCAGUUUCUUAGGCCGUGGACAUAAUAAGGACAACAAUGAGGGUAAUUUCGGUAAACGAUAACAGAGUAAUGGGUUACUUUGUGGAUUCUAAACCUGACGAGGAAAACCAAAUGAAAUGUAAAGUUAAAGAGGAAAAACAAGCUGCGCAGUUUGAUUCAGGAGGAUAAUCUCUCUCCAAGAUUUGUAUAAUGACGGAUAUCAUCAUCAUCAACUUGAUCUGUCAAGCUAUUUUUUCUGGAAAAGGUUACAUUUAUAAAGUGUCCUCUAACAUACCGUCUGCUGUUCUUCAAGACCCGGACUGUGAGAAAGCCUGGUACAGGAAGGCUCCAGGUGAUGGAUCGGAGUUGGAGUUUUUGUCAGAUGGACAACUUCAUGGAAACCAAAGUAAACUGGUUGUUGAUGUGAGCAAGAAAAGCAUCACAAUCACCGAAUGCAUCGAGCUUCUCCAUGAUGUGACGUGUCAUGGAUCGAAUCAAAAGUUUCAACACCUUUACCGAGUCACUGACAUCCCCAACGCUACCAACUCCACCAUCACCGCCAACUCCACCAACACCACCAUCAUCAAACUCAUCACCAUCGCGAUCCCCAUCAUCAUCACCAUUAUCUUCAUCAUUGGGAUUGGAGUGCUGUUCUGGGAACACAGAUCAGGCUCAAACCAUGACCAUGCUGUGAGUGUUGAUCAGAAUGGUGAUGCUGGGAGGAUGUCGAUGCUAGAUCAGCAAGCAUUACCAAGCAACCAAAACAACGGGGAUUGUGUUACGGUGAACAUGAACGGCUAUGAAAAUGACGGGAUGAAGAAAUGUAGAUGCUCGAACGACGUUGUUUCAGUGGAGGAGUUUCCAGAGCUUUCUGUCUGUCAGUGAGGAUUACAGUUCAGCUUCAGUGCCUCUGCCCUUCCUGCACUUGUCUUUUCUAUCACUGCACUUUUAUGCUCUUUUCCAUGAAGUUCUUUUUUUAUUUUAUCUUUUUUUCAGAUAACAAAUAGGUAAAACAAUAGAUUUCAAGCCAAAAGUGUUUUUAAAUGUUUUUAUACAAAUCUUUUAAUAAUCUUACAAUGCACAACUUUUCAGACUUUGUAGUAAUUUUGUGAAGCUCAUAAUUCUGUUAGAAAACAUCACUGAUAUUAAAAAAGGGUGAAAACUGCAUUUUAUACAAGUUUUGGUCAAGUAACUACAGUAUUUAUAAACUGCUCCUUAAUCUUGUACUGUUAAUUAAAAUUUACAGAGCCAAAUAUCUGUAUUCUGUAACUUAAAUUAUAAUUCCUGUUCACUACUAAUAGGAAUAAGAGAUGGUUAUAGAGAUUAUAUUGAUAUUUAAAGAAUAUUUAUUUAUUUUGUUAAUAUUCCUUCACAAUAUUUUAUGCUGGCAUUAAGAAAUAUGUGGAUUUAUUUAUUUAUUCAUUUACAAAUGAAGGAGCAUUUUAAAUCUCUGAAUGUAUCAUUAACGUGCUGCUGAUGUUUUAAUCAAACCCAGUAAAUAAAAUAGAAUUUAUAAUCUGGAAAUCUGAAUUUCUUUUUAGAAUCAAUUUCACUGAGUAGUGGUGAUGUUUUUAGCACAAUUAUGAUCAGGAAUUUUAAGCUUUCAUCAAACAGCAAGUGAACAUAUUUUGCUUCUUUCUUUCCUCUGGCAGGCUGGACUGUGUGUAAUGUAAUUCUGACCAAACUUUACUCUUGUAUUUUUAUCAUAUUUUUAAAUAAAAAAACAAACCCA